ACCAACUGAUAUUAUCAGUCUUAAACUUCCCGUCUCGUUAACAGUUUGUGUUUAGGUUAAAUAAAUUUAAUUACUCAUAAAGUCUAAUAACAGCGCAUCGCACACAUACGGAAGUGGUGCAGAACUUCAUUUGAAUAACAUUUUGUACUUAUCCAGUAUUGGAAAAUCUAUAGGAGCAGCGAAAAGAGGGAAAUACUUUGAUACUCGCUUUCAUUUGUCUCCGUAACAAAAUGAAACAUCUAGAUAACUUUGAAACAGAAAUUCAUGUUAUUGAAGAAAUUUUACACAUCUGAUAAUUGUUUCCAGUAUCGCAUCAGGUAAUAUGUUAUUGAUGCAAUAAAUAAAGUCUGUAAGAAGAUCUGUCGGGUCGGUUCGAGGGAAAUUUGUAUAAGUUUCUCGGAGAUUUCAGUUAUUUCUGCAAUGAUGCAAUGGACAUUAAUGCACAUAGCGUGAAAGCAGUGUUUCACUGAAUUUGUUGGAAUAGUAACUUUAUAGGUGUUCCAGUAAAGGCUUGACAAAAUGAUGGCUAUUAGAAAGAAAAUGCAACAUUUAUGUGAAGCCAGAAUGCUGCAAGAUCCCCCUGGUACGGGUGUUUACUGCAAUGCCACUUGGGACUAUGUCAUGUGCUGGAACUUCACCCAGGCCGGGACCAUGGUCAAACAACCUUGUGCAGAGUAUAUCGGAAACUUUAACCUAGCAGGUUUUGCGACACGAGAAUGCCUUCCAAACGGUACAUGGAAAUCAAACUAUGAGGAGACCAACAGUACUGAUGGAUGGACCAAUUACACGGACUGCCUAGUUGGCCAUAAACCUGAGCCAUCGAAAGAUUUGUUUCAUCAUUUACCUCGAAUACAAUUGAUGUCAGAGAUAGGAUAUGGAGUGUCGCUGGUCUCUCUCAUUGCUGCUGUAACAAUAAUGAUAGCAUCCAAACGGUUACGCUGUAAAAGCAAUGUGCUUCACAUUAACCUGUUCCUUGCGUUCAUCAUCCGAGCGUCUGUAUCAUUCUUUAAAACCUUGAUUUUUGUUGACGAUGUUGGUUUAGAGAAGGACAUUAUACGUAAUCCUGGCGGGACAAUUGAAUUUAGACCAGAAGGACUGCACUGGGAAUGUAAGCUGAUAAUGUGUAUUUUUGUGUAUACUGUGGCAGCCAGUAUGAUGUGGAUACUGAUGGAAGGACUGUAUUUGCACAUGCUUGUUUAUAAAACAAUGUUCACUAAGCAGCAUGGAACGAGACUAUACAUCUUAGUAGGAUGGUUGUCACCUUUGGUAUAUUUAAUACCAUGGAUUAUUGUUCGAAUAUUCAAAGAAAAUGAGUUAUGCUGGAAUCGACAAAGGAAAGACGGGUAUUUCUGGAUAAUCAAAGCACCAAUACAUUUAUCAGUUCUAAUUAACUUCAUCUUUUUUAUCAAUAUUAUACGAGUUUUGUGUGUGAAGUCAAAAAUCAGCAGACAUGUAAAAAGUGAUGCCCAGCAUUUAAGAAAAACAGCCAAGUUUGUUUUGGUGCUCAUUCCUCUGUUCGGUGUGAUAUAUAUAGCGUUCUCGGCAUACCCUACAGGAGUCGUUAGCAUGGAAGCUGAUAUUAUCUACCUGUACUGUGAAAUGUUUUAUAAUUCCUUUCAAGGUUUUGUACUGGCACUGUUGUUUUGCUUCCUGAACGAAGAGGUACAAAAUGAAGUUCGGAGAUGCUGGUGCAAACGUAGAUUUCGUCGUUUUAACACGCAUUCUAUUUUACUCUCUUCUUGGCGGAAGUCCUCGCGGAGAACAUCACGUGACAUUACAAGAGACACACGUUUGUCAGAGGGCAUAUGCCAUACGCAUGGUAAUUGUGUUGAUACGUGUAAAUUAAAGAAAAAAUGCCAGGAGCACGUUACAUUUUCACUACAAAGUCAUGAAAUGACGAAUGGAAAGCCCAAUGUACCUUCACGGCAAAACGAGGAUAUUGACUGUAUUAUGAUUGAACCAAAAAGAUCAAAACUAAAGGAUGAUGAAGUUUAAAAAGUACCGGUUCUCCGACAUUAAUACUGAGUAUCAAGGGACAUUCUCUCGAUACAUCAAAAUCAAAACUGUAAUAAAUGUAUGGAUGUAUAAAAAAACUGUAUACCUACAGAGCAGGUGAACAUUUGGAUCUUAGACUACAUGUACAUGUAUUGUGUAUGCUUUGUUACAGAACUUAAUGCUGAAUAUUAAGGAAAACGUUACAUCAAUUCAAGAUAGAUAGACCAUAUCCAUCUUUUAAGUUUACAUAUACUGUUAUCAUCGGACGAUAGACAUUUUUACUACACAAUAUUUUAAUUCAUGAACAAAUUUUCUUUAGUACCGAAAACCAUUCUGUUUACGAAAAACUCAAUUUCAAAACACUACAAAAAUAUUUAUAUAAGUAUCCAUUGCUCAUCUUUCACUAAAACAGUUUACUGACUGUAUUAUGAUUGAACCAAAAAGAUUAAAAAUGAAGGCUGAUGAAGUUUAAAAAGUACCGCUUUCAGAAUAAUUAUACUGAGUAUCAAAGGACAUUCUUAUGAUACAUCAAAAUGAAGACUGUAACAAAGAUAUGGACGAUAUUUACUUCAAAAUGGAGAAAUUUCUCAUCAAAUGUAUUUAACGUCACUUAGUCUAUAUUAAUGGUGUAUAUAGAGCUUUAUUCAUAACUAAUGCCAUGCAGUAACAGUUGUUUGUUAAAAUACUUCCAGUUUUAGCGGUAGUACACAUGUAUAUUGUUUUUAACACUAUUAAGUGCGUACUAUUUAAAACCUAAUGUUGAUUUUCCCAAGAACCUCUUUACACAAGGGAAACAAUCUGUUUAUACAGUGAAAUUGUUGAGUGAACACCGUUAGUCCAUCGUAUUCCUGUCUAUGUUAUAUCAUUGUAAUGGAAAUGUAAGCUAUCUAUGUUAAAUGCUAAGCAGGAUAUAAAUCUUAGGAUAAAAGGAUUUUUAAAGCAAAAAUGAAAUAACUAGAGACCCUCAAGGCUGGAGUUAAUAUCAGCUGACACCUAUAUGAGGAUCAGAUACGCCCGUUAUGUUCUAGUUUGCAAUAUAUUCAUAUUAUAGCAUCUAUGUACGAAAUGAAUGUAUUUAUGCAUAAUAGUCAGUGCACAUAUAUAGAACAGAACAGAACAGACGUUUAUUUUUCCUCUAGGGCCACCGGCCCAUGCAAACAAAUUUACAAAACAACUAAAUACACAUUCAUAUAAAAAGUAACAGAAACUGACAUAUAUCAUAUAUAAAUAAUAUAUUAAAGUUUCAGCAACUAAACAUUAGACUUUCGUUUAUCAAAAGCGUAAUAUAAGAAAGUAGCAAUGGACCUUAUCAAAGUUUCAUUUCUUGUUGACAUCAGGAUAUUAAAUUUGUUUUGUGUUGGACUAAAGUAGUACUUUUUAGGUAAAUACAUCAUUCUUAAUUCCGAGUAAAAUUCACAACAAAGUAAAAAAAAUGAAACUUAUCUUCUAUAAUAUUCUUAUUACAUUUUCUACACAAUCUAUUUUCUCUUCCUAUUUUCCUAUGUCGACCAGUUUAAAUCUCAAGAUCGUGAGAUCUUAUACACAAACCUAACUUUUCUGAUGUCUAGUAUGUCUAAAUACUCUUCAUCUUCUUUGAACAUCAUAUAAAAUGAUAAUUUUGUAUUUGAACUAACUGAUACACGCCAUUCUUGUAGGUAAAUAUCUUUUAAUCUAUUUAUAAAUGUUAAUAAAAAGUGUUUUUUCUGAAUCAACUGAAUGGUUUUAUCCAAAACCAUGUCUUUGCAGAUUAUCUCUUACAGCAGAUACCCAAAUUGGUCACUCAUAUUAUCAUUAUACAUCGUUAGAUAACACAUCCUAACUAAUCUACUGUUAGACAUUUUAAAGAUUUUUAACCAAUAUUUUAUACAUCGUUUACAUGAUUCUAUAUACAAAGGAUAUCUUCCACAAUCACCAAGUACAGCAGCAUUAGAUGCAUUUUGUCUAGAGCACAUAAAACGUUUGCAGGCAUUAUACUGUACACGCUCAAGUUCUUCAAAUUUAUUGAUACCCCAAACUUCUGCUCCAUAAAAUAACUGAGGGCAUGUCUUAGUGUCAAACAGUUUAAAGAAUACUGUUUUCUUUAACUGGCCACAAUCAUAUAAAGACUUUAAUAUUGAUAUAAGAACUCUCUUUCCUUUAAUACAUAAUUCAUGUACCAUACUGCUCAUAGAAAGUUGUCUUGUAAAUGUUAAGCCAACAUAACUAAAAGCAUUUACAACCUAACGAAUUUUGUUUUUAUACAUCCAUUUUUCAUUUUAAGCAAGUGCACCACCAUUUUUAAAAACAACAAUUUUUGUUUUAUUUUCAUUUGCUUUAAGUUUAUAUGUGUCACAGAAAUUAGAUAAAAUAUUCAAUUGCUUUUGCAAACCAGUAACAAUAACCAGUAGGGCAAUAUCAUCUACAAACAUCAAUGAUAAAAGCUGUAACUCAAAUGGAUGUAACUGAACUCCUCGUACAACUCUUGCAUUUCAGACGUGCUGUAAUUCAUCUAAAUAGAAAGAGAAGAGAAUCGGACUAGCCAAACAUCCUUGUUUUAGUCCAGUUGAACUUAUCAUAUAAUCACUUCUUACAUUAUUACAUUUGAUACAUACUUUUUUAUACAUACAUACUCUGCAGAGCUCUAUAGAGGUUACCACUUAUACCACACCACUUAUACCACCAUUUCUAAGUACAUUCCAAAGAAUGUGUCUAUUUAUAGUAUCAAAACAUUUUUGAAAGUCAAUGAAGGCAACUAAGACAUAUUUACUUUUCUUUAUAUUUUGAUAUAUAAUUCAAGAGGCUCCGACGACAGGAACACUACAAUGAACAGUUUAACUAUACAAAUCAAUUUCACAUUCACUAAAGUGGAUAUACUCACUCUUUCUUGAGAUUAAACAUUAAUUGUACUAAAACCUGCAGAUUUUUUGUUAUUACUUUUGCACCUUCACAUUCUGUUUGGGUCACUGGACACUCAAACUGAAAAUUCCGCAAAAACGAACUGGUACAAGUGCGAGAAAAGUCCUGUGGUGCCCCGUACUUGGAUUCAGUGUUGUUAUAUUUUCUUUCCUUUGGGAUAAUGGAGUCCAUUCAAUAGAUGUGUAAUAGAGUUCCAGUUAAGCCGGUGCUAGGGGGCGUAAGAGAUGUUGCACAUUUUAUUACCUCUCAUGAACAGACUCAAUCAAACGAGUCUGCUAUUAUUCUUUCUUGGUUGCAUUCUAUGUAGGGAUCUUUUUACAGACUUUAUCUACUAAUAUUACAUAAUUUUGAGAAUUUUCAGGGAAGAGUAGGGCAGAUAUAUUACACAUACAUAGCACUUCACUCCAUGUCAUUUUCAUUCUGUUCAGUUAGUCGUUCAUAUGAUACAGAUGACUAUAAUAUCGGUUUCAUAAUACUAAAGUUUGAGAUAAAACUACCCAACAACUUUUGAAUGCUACACCAACAUACACACUAAAAAGUACAAACACAAUUUCCGUUAUUGGUAAAAAAUUCAUCAUUGCAUCUUGUGUGCAAAUACUUUGAUAUUUAUGUUAACCACAACUAUCCCCAAAUGCUCAUAUAAGCUAUAGUAUUUAGAUAAUUGAAUACAACUCUUGAUUGAUUGAUAAAUGGACUUUAUCAAGCCAUAAAGUUACAGAAUCUUAAUAUUACACAUGAAUGGUAUAAAAGUAACAUAUAAAACAAUUUUUGAAAUAUCUGGGGUGUUCAACCGAUAGAUGGGCUUUAUUUAAGCCAUAAAGUUACAGAAUCUAAAUAUUACACAUGAAUGGUAUAAAACUAACAUAUAAAAAAACAAUUUUUGAAAUAUCUGGGGGUGUUCAACCGCCAUGACGUGGCGGGGUUUGCCUUAUGCAAAGACGACACAACCGCCACGUAUCAUUAUCCUGUUAAAUCUGAUCAAAUAUGGUGAUCUUUUGUGUGACAGCAUGGUCUUUGUCACACGUGCACGUGCAGCUCAUGUUAUAAUUCAUGUAAAUACAGAAUCCAUGGCAUGUCAAAAAGCAUCAAAUGUUGAUGAAUGUAGAAGUCGAUUACAAACUCACCAUUUUCUCACGGUUAACCUUUUUUCAAAACAAUCAGCGCAUUUUAGCUCGACUAUUAAAAGAAUAGUGAGAGCUAUUCUACACAUCCGUGCGUCGGCGUUGGCCAUUGGCAUCACGCCGUGAUCAAAGUUUUGCCUUCAAGUUCAUACGUUAGUAACCAUUUCAUGUAUAGGAUUAAUACUUCACACAAGGCUUCUUUAUCAUCAAACCUGUUGUUUGAAUUCAAUACAUAUUGUAACAUU